ACGGAUUCGUUUAAAGUACGUGUGCGCCAUUUUCUUAAUCUCCUUCCGACUUUUGCUUAAGGAAAUGGUUUGCGCCUCUUUUUCCGGGACUAUUGUUCGAUUCGUGAACUACAAGAUAUGAAUUUGGGUUUCCGGUGAAGGUACAGAAGGUACAGACUGUUCUUAUUGUUGUGAUUGUGGUUUCCGGUGAGCUGCAGUUAGAAUUGACAUUUGACUUGCAAGAGUGGUUGAGACUUGAGAAAACUCAAGGAAGUAAUACCUUUCCCGUUUGUUAUUCGUUAUUGUGCUUUUUUCUAGGGUUUUGAUUGAGUUUUUUCUGUAAUAAUGGUAGUGUAUUCGAGUUGAAUUUGAAUUAAGUGCAUGAUAUAAGCUUUUCGAUUGUAGUUUUUUCUCAUCUGUUGAUUUGCCGUACUCGCAGAUUGAAAUCCUUGCAAGUAAUGUGAAACUGAGGCCUAUGCUUAAACGUUUUCAUCUUUAGAUAUCAUUUGCAACUUUGAUCGGCUGGGAUUUCUACUAGAUAAUUCUUAAAAGUGUACUCUUUUUUGCUCAAGAAAAAUUGUACUCUUUAGGAGUAUAUAUUGAUAUCCCUAAAUCCGAAUAUUUCCAUGUGGAGCACACACAUAUUAGUGAAAAUCUCAUAGUUUAGUUCCCUCAUGAUUCGUGAUUUUAGCAGAUGCAGAAAAGUAGCAUUUGAUUAUGCCUCUUAUGACAGGACCUUUGAGUAUAGGUGUAGUAGCUCUUAUGGAUUUGGAUAUUCAUCUGUUUGUGUAUAUGUGUGCAGAAGAAUUGUUACAACACAUUUGAUUCAUUGAUUGGAUGAUUGGAUCAUAAAGCUAUGACUUUUCUCCGUUCUCAGUCAAGUAUUGCCGUUUAGAUUUUGUUUUGCUGUGAGCGAAGAUGGCAAAGAAGGGCAAGGCAAGGCAAUACACCGAUAGAAGGAGGGUCAGAUCUGAUCAUAAAUAUGAUGAUGAGCAAUCAGAUGAGGAUUACUGUGUCAGUGAAAAUGAGCUGUUUGAUUGUUCAGAAGAUGAAUCAUUUUCAUUAGUUGCGGAUACAUCAGGAGUCAGUUUGGGUGACUGUGAAGAUAGUGAAGAAGAUGAGAUUAUGAAUGUCAAGCAGAAAAAAGUUGUUAAAAAGAAUGAUGCCCCACCAAAAGCACAGAAUAGACAGAAAAGCAUUAUAAAACAAAGAAAAAGGAAAAGAGUUAUGUACAAAGAAGAUGAUGAGAUCAGUGAUGACAGCGAUGAUGAUGGUGAUUAUGAGGAGGAAGAUGAGGCAGAGGAGGAAGAGGAAUUUAUCCCAAAUGAGAUCAAUGGUGUUGUAAAACGGAAAACGAGGGAUCGGUUUAUUUACAGAGAUGAUGAUGAUGACGUGGACUUUACCCCGGAUGAGAUUAAUUCUACAGAAGAAGAAGAAGAAGAAGAAGAAGAAGAAAACUUGCAUAUGAUGAGGGGGAAUAAGAAAAUGGUAAAGCGGAAAUUGACAAAGAAUAAUAGAAAAAGGGUGCAGGGGAAGACUAUCUCGAAAGUCUCAAAGAAAACAAGGAAGAAAACCUCUAAAGUUUCUAAGCAGAUCAAUAGGAAGGGAGCAAGAAAAACUUGCAGGAAAAAUUAUUCACAAGAGAAAAGGGAAAGAAGAUUAAUUAUAGAUUCUGAUUCAGACUUUGUGAGUUGUGCAUCAUCAGACCAUGAGUAUAUUAUCUCUGAAGAAGAGAGUGAACAAAUUAGAGAAGCUAAUAAAUUGUGUAGAGGUUUGAGGGAUAGAUCAAGGAUUCCAGGUUGUUCAACUGAUGCACGUUUGAGUGAUAGAUCAAUGAUUCCAGGUUGUUCAACUGAUGCACCACAAGGAAAAACCAGUCAACAUCAGAAGAAGCGAUCACUAAGAAAGGGAAAGGAGAAGGUAGCAGUGGUUGAGGAGUUGAAGAAGAGUGAUGGAGGAAAGCAGGUUUGUGGGAUUUGUUUUUCUGAAGAAGAGAAAAAGACAAUCAAUGGCAUGUUAAAUUGCUGCAGCCACUACUUCUGUUUUGCUUGCAUCAUGGAGUGGUCAAAGGUUGAAUCUCGUUGCCCCCUUUGCAAGCAAAGAUUUGUAACCAUCACCAAGGAUGCAAAGUCACCAUCACCAAGGACUGUGGUGAUUCAUGUUCCUGAACGUGAUCAAGUUUAUGUACCAUCUGAAGAAGAGCUUAGGGGUUAUCUUGAUCCAUAUGAAAAUGUAAUUUGCACUGAAUGUCAACAAGGCGGGGAUGAUGCACAUAUGCUACUCUGUGAUAUAUGUGAUUCACCUGCACAUACUUAUUGCGUCGGCCUUGGAAGUGAUGUCCCUGAAGGUGAUUGGUACUGUGAAGCCUGUAGACUAGCAUCUCCUCGCUUCCAAAAUCCAGAAAAUUCAAAUCCAACAGGUGAGGACUAUUAUGGUAGACUGCCUUCUAUAGCCACCAGCAGGAAGGAGAGUUGUGAGCUGGACGAGAUGUAUGUACCUGAGACUCCAUUAGCGCAACAAACAUUCAACACUUCAUCCCCUAGAGAUAACCAGUCUGGUUCUUCUUCAGCUUCAAGAUCUGUGGCUUACACAGUUUCACGCAGGAGAAGAAUACACCGUCAAAUAAGCCGAUUUAUUAGUAAUAACAGGAUGAGAUGGGCACAGAAUGGAGAUGUCACUACUGGGGGUUAAGAGUUCGUAUGGUGGGGUUCUUGGAAGUUGGAUUAGAGAUGCAUCAUCGCCUUUUAACUUUUAAUGCUUCAGAUAAUAAAAGUCUUGAAACUUAAUGACGAAAAGGGUGGGUGGGGAUACAGAUUAAACAAUUGCAAGUGAUACAUUUUUUGUUGAUAAACAUGUCAUUUUGCUGUGUUGAACCUUUGCUGAAGGACAUAAGUAGUGGUACUGUGGUAGCUUGUUCAAUUGUGUUUACAGAGAAUGAUUUAAAAAUCUCCCACACCGGGAUUUGGGAGUAUAUGUAUGAAUGUAUCUAAAUAAGUUAACAUUACAGAAGAACGUUAAAGUAGAAAAAUGUAAUGUAAUCCCUCUUGCAACUGUUGCAAGUGUUGGCAUGGACACGGGGAACCGUUCCAGGUCUAGGUCCUGGUGAUGUAAAAGGAAGAAGAGGAGCCUAAGCCUAGUAUUUUGGUCCUCAAAUUUGUUUCGGUUCAAUUCUGG